AUGGGGGGAGUUGGGCGUCGUGAACGACGAGGAGGAAGGAAGAAAUUGUUGGCCGGGGAUAAUUCCUGGGCAAGCGACGGGGGAGCCCCAGCGAAGAGGCGUGUUGAUAAUUCUAGAUAUUCCUCUAAUACUCUUUCAAAGUGGAAAAAUGACGCCAAUCUGCGAGAAAUCAAGGUUAUGCGCAGGUAUCAUAUCCAAGACCGGGAAGACUACCACAAAUACAACAAACUCUGUGGACAACUGAGGUCUUUUGCCCAUCGAAUCUCGCUUCUCCCAGCCCAGGACCCGUUCAGAACAAAGAUGGAGGGCCAGCUCCUCUCAAAACUCUACGAUAUGGGAAUUCUAAACACAGCAGCCAAACUAAGCGAUGUGGAAAACAAAGUCACUGUCGCUGCCUUCUGUCGACGGCGUUUGGCCGUUUUUAUGUGCAUGUCAAAAAUGGCGGAGACAGUUAGUGCGGCAGUGAAAUUUAUUGAGCAGGGUCAUGUCCGCGUCGGUCCCGACACCAUAACCGACCCCGCUUUCCUGGUGAACAGACACAUGGAAGAUUACGUUACUUGGGUUGACACUUCAAAACUCAAGCGCACCAUCAUGGAAUACAAUGACGAGCUCGACGACUUCGAUCUGCUUUAA